CCUGCCCGCCGGCGAGAGAUAGCUAGGGAGGGAGGGGGGUAACUAGCGCAGGAGGAGCCUGCUCGCCGUCCGUCGAGAUGGCGGCGGGGAACGAGUGGAUCAACGGGUACCUGGAGGCGAUCCUCGACGCGGGGUCGAAGCUGCGGCCGCAGGGGGUGCAGCUGCCGCCGCUGGAGACGGCGCCGGCGCUCGCGGCCGAGGAGUCCAGCGCCGCCUACAAUCCGACCAGGUACUUCGUGGAGGAGGUGGUCAGGAGCUUCGACGAGCAGGCCCUCCACAAGACAUGGACAAAGGUGGUUGCGAUGCGGAACAGCCAGGAGCGCAGCAACCGGCUGGAGAACCUGUGCUGGAGGAUCUGGAACGUCUCCAGGCAGAAGAAGCAGGUGGAGUGGGAUUACACGAAAGAGGUGGCCCGGCGGAAGCUUGAGCAGGAGCUGGGCAGCCGGGAGGCCGCCGAGGACCUAUCCGAGCUCUCCGAGGGCGAGAAGGACACCACCACCGCCAAGCCCGACGCCGCUCCCGCUGUUGCGGAGGCGCACGCCGAUGAUGGCGAGCACCAGCAGCCGCAGCCGCGCACCCGGCUCGCGAGGAUCAACUCCGAGGUGCGGCUCGUCUCCGACGACGAGGAGGAGCAGACCAAGAAGAGGAACCUCUACAUCGUCCUCAUCAGCAUCCACGGGCUGGUGCGCGGGGAGAACAUGGAGCUCGGCCGAGACUCCGACACCGGUGGCCAGGUGAAGUACGUGGUGGAGCUGGCCCGUGCGCUGGCGGCGACGGCGGGGGUGCACCGGGUGGACCUGCUGACGCGGCAGAUCUCCUGCCCCGACGUGGACUGGACCUACGGCGAGCCCGUGGAGAUGCUGGAGCGCCUGUCCUCGGCGGACGCGGACGACGACGACGGCGAGCAGUCCGGCGGCGGUGCCUACAUCGUGCGGCUGCCGUGCGGGCCCAGGGACCAGUACAUCCCCAAGGAGGAGCUGUGGCCGCACAUCCCGGAGUUCGUGGACCGCGCGCUCUCGCACGUCACCGAGGUCGCGCGCGCGCUCGGCGACCAGCUCCAGCCUCCUCCUUCUCCGGCCGACGGCGCGGUGGCGGCACCCAUCUGGCCGUACGUGAUCCACGGCCACUACGCGGACGCGGCGGAGGUGGCGGCGAACCUGGCGAGCGCGCUGAACGUGCCCAUGGUCAUGACGGGCCACUCGCUGGGGCGCAACAAGCUGGAGCAGCUGCUCAAGCUCGGCCGCAUGCCCGGCCCCGAGAUCCAGGGCACCUACAAGAUCGCGCGCCGGAUCGAGGCCGAGGAGACCGGGCUCGACACCGCGGAGAUGGUGGUCACCAGCACCAAGCAGGAGAUCGAGGAGCAGUGGGGCCUCUACGACGGCUUCGACCUCAUGGUGGAGCGCAAGCUCAGGGUAAGGCAGCGUCGCGGCGUCAGCAGCCUCGGACGGUACAUGCCGCGCAUGGCGGUCAUCCCGCCCGGCAUGGACUUCAGCUUCGUCGAGACACAGGACACGGCUGAGGGGGAUGGCGCCGACCUGCAGAUGCUCAUUGCUCCCGACAAGGCCAAGAAGGCUCUGCCUCCCAUUUGGUCAGACGUGCUGAGGUUCUUCACCAACCCCCACAAGCCGAUGAUCCUGGCGCUGUCACGGCCGGACCCGAAGAAGAACGUCACCACGCUGCUCAAGGCCUACGGCGAGAGCCGCCAGCUCCGGGAGCUCGCAAACCUGACGCUGAUACUAGGGAACAGGGAUGACAUCGAGGACAUGGCCGGCGGCGGCGGCGCGGUGCUCACGGCCGUGCUCAAGCUCAUCGACCGAUACGACCUCUACGGCCAGGUGGCCUACCCAAAGCACCACAAGCAGACGGACGUGCCUCACAUCUACCGCCUCGCCGCCAAGACCAAGGGAGUAUUCAUCAACCCAGCUCUUGUAGAGCCGUUCGGCCUCACAAUCAUCGAGGCUGCUGCUUAUGGUUUGCCGGUGGUUGCGACCAAGAACGGCGGGCCGGUGGACAUCCUGAAGGCGCUCCACAACGGGCUGCUGGUGGACCCGCACUCGGCGGAGGCGAUCACCGGCGCGCUGCUGAGCCUGCUGGCGGAGAAGUCGCGGUGGGUGGAGUGCCGCCGCAACGGCCUCCGCAACAUCCACCGCUUCUCGUGGCCGCACCACUGCCGCCUCUACCUCUCCCACGUCUCCACCUACUGCGACCAGCCCUCGCCGCACCAGCCGCUCCGCGUGCCCCUCGCCCUGGGCUCCUCCACCAGCUUCGGCGCCGACGACUCGCUCUCCGACUCGCUCCGCGGCCUCUCGCUCCAGAUAUCCGUGGACGCCUCCAGCGACCUCAACGCCGCCGACUCCGCGGCCGCCAUCAUGGACGCGCUCCGCCGGCGCCCGGCCUCCGAGAAGCCGGCGAGCUCCGGUGCCAGGGCGCUCGGCUUCGCGCCCGGCCGGCGGGAGAGCCUCCUGGUGGUCGCCGUCGACUGCUACGGCGACGACGGCAAGCCGGACGUCGAGCAGCUGAAGAAGGCCAUCGACGCGGCGGUGUCGGUUGGUGAAUGCGCGGGAGCGAAGCAGGGGUACGUGCUGUCGACCGGCAUGACCAUCCCCGAGGCCGCCGAGGCGAUCAAGGCGUGCGGCGCCGACGUAGCCAGCUUCGACGCGCUGAUAUGCAGCAGCGGCGCCGAGCUAUGCUACCCGUGGAAGGAGCUCGCGGCCGACGAGGAGUACUCCGGGCACGUCGCGUUCCGGUGGCCCGGCGACCACGUGAAAUCCGCCGUGCCCAGGCUCGGGAGCAUGGAGGAGAUCGCCCUCGCAAUCGACCGCCCCGCCUGCUCCGUGCACUGCCACGCCUACACCGCCACGGACGCAUCCAAGGUGAAGAAGGUGGAUUCGAUCAGGCAGGCGCUGCGGAUGCGCGGCUUCCGGUGCAACCUCGUCUACACGCGCGCCGGCACGCGGCUCAACGUCAUCCCUCUCUCCGCUUCCCGGGCGCGCGCUCUCAGGUACCUGUCGAUACAGUGGGGGAUCGAUCUCUCCAAGGUGGCGGUGCUCGUCGGCGAGACCGGCGACACCGACCGCGAGAGGCUGCUCCCGGGAGUGCACAGGACACUCAUCUUGCCGGGGAUGGUCGCCCGCGGCAGCGAGGAGCUCCUCCGGGGCGACGACGGGUACACCAUGGCGGACGUCGUGGCCAUGGACUCCCCCAACAUUGUCACGCUCGCGGAAGGCCAGUCUGCAUCCGAGAUCCUCAAGGCCAUCUGAGAGCGUGCUCUGCUCUGCUGUGCUUCUGUCUUCCACAUCCGGGACGUAGUAGCUCCACUUCGAUUAUUUCACCUGUGAUUUUGGCAGGAAGAUGACUGCAGAAUUGCAUUUGCAUAUACCGUAUACCUGUGCAAGCAUGAGCAAAACAUGUCAGCUAAUAAUUCUUCAAUGUUUUGGCCAUGCCUCCGUGAGGUAUGCUUCUGUACAUACUAUAAAGGAACAGAGAGAAAAACGCAAGAAUGAAAGAAAGAAAUAUUUUCAAUGUAA